ACGAAAACAAAUAUCGAAAUUGUUUUUGAGUUUGACAGUUCAGCAGAAUAGUAGGGUGAGAAUUUUAAUUUGGCGUAUGAGUGUUUUUUUUUGUGAGUGCAUUUAACUGGAAAAAAAAGAGCCGCAGCAGGUGCAACAGCAGCUGCUCGUUUGGCAAAAGCCCUUAACCCAGUGCAUAUCUUGCAUAGAUCGCAUCAGUUGGCAUUUUGAACUCGGCAUGUUACGUUUACUGCUGCUCAUUUACUGCGGCGCACUGGCCGUGGUGAUGCAUCAUGAUAAUCCAGAGCCGGAUCGCCACAAUUAUAUUUGGAAUCCAUUUAGCGCUUUCUGUGGCCCCAAUGCCACCAGUGUGCGCUGCGGCGGCGUCUGCCCCGAGACCUGCUCCCACAAAUCCGGCAGUUGUAGUCACCACUGUGGUGUGCCCUGUGUCUGCAAAUCCGGCUACGUGUUCAGCGUGUCCCUGCUCAAAUGCAUUCGGCGCAGCGACUGCCCUCCGGGUGUACAGCAGCAGGAGGUGCAAACGCAUCGCGUGUUUCAAUAAAACUCCCUCAAAUUCAUAAGACUUGAGACUUGUUCAAAAUAAAUAUGGGUCAACAGACAAACUUUGUCCCCUUUUUUUUCUAAUUUUACUAAAAGAGGUUUCCUCGUUCUAUGCAAUAUAAUUGUAAAAAUAUAACUAAGAAAAUGCAAUGCAUUUCAGUUUUUAAGAGGCCUUCGCAUUCGUCAUUUCAUGCAGCUGUAAAACGAGCAAUAGCUCUUAAACCUGGCCUAUUCCGGCUUAAAUCACACACCUCUAUUAAAGAUAGGCGCGAGUUUUUUUUAUAUAUGCCAUGUCGUGUUGCCUCGUGGCGUACGCACGAAAUCACAUUUUUGUAUCAGGCGCCCAUCAGCUAAACUUUAAUGUAUAUGUUUCU